UAAAAAAAGGGGCGUGAAGUUUUGGUGCUAGCAGCUAGCUCCUGUGUGAUCAUCUGGGAUCUGUUUCAUUCUUUGGCGGCGCCCAGCAGGAGAGUCUGUAGAGUCGGUGGGGGAUAUUUGCAGCAGAGCCGGUUUACUUACUUACUUCUGUGAGCCGCGGUUGCUUUCAGACACACGGACUUGAGAUGGAAUGAUGACCCGGCCUCUCUCUCUGGACAUGGCAUAGUGGCUACUGGCGUUGAUGCUAACUUAGCUGGUUAGCUCCCGAGGCUAGGUAGCGUUGGUUGUGACUGGACCAACUAGCUAGCGUUGAGCACAAUACUAGCUUGCGUUAGCUAGCAGGUAAACUCGCGUUAUGAGACUUACUUAAAAAAAGCAACGUCGCCGUUUUUAACGUCGCCUACGUUGGACUGGAGGCGGACAUUGGUUUUGUACAGAAAGUAACCAGCGGGCUAGCUUGGCUAACAGUAGCUCAUUUAAGGCGCUAACAUGCUGUGGUAGUUUUGCUGCGCUCCAAGUCGUCACCCUCUGCUGCUUUGCUCCAGCAGACUAACGGCUCAGUGGCUAGCUGUUACUGGGCAUUGUGCGGUAUGUAGCCAUGGCAUGCUAACCAUCCUCCGGGAAAGUUGGUGAAUGCUAACAACGUUACAGUCAGCGUUAGCGGGCAGGGCAGUUUGGGCUCCUUUAUAUAUGAAGAAUUGUAGAUUUAGCAUUGUUGUGGUGAACAUGCAGUGGUAUUUUGCUUAAGCUGACGACAGGGCCUUGCAGAUUACUGUUUUCUAUAUUGUGUUAGCUGUUGUGUUGCGUGAUUUGGUAAUAUUUUCCUCCCAACAUGUAAGGCUAACAAAGUUUGGGGAUCAAUAAUGUAACCUUACUGAGCUGGGUGGCCAUUUUAAGUUAAUGAUUUAGGGACAGGCUGCAUUAUCUAUCAAAAACAAAAAUGAACAACUCAGGAGUCAUGCCACAAGAAAAGAUGGAGCUGGAUCUGGAAAUCCCAUCCUCCUUAGUUCAGACCGAUGGACAGCUGAGAAGAUCCAACAGUGCACCCAUGAUAAAUGGCUUAAGUGAUCACUCUCAGGUGUUCCACAGAGAGGUUCUGCGUAAUCGGAGGAACAGCACUACGGUUGUCAACAGGCCCACCAUGGUCCCUUCAUCGCCUAUUCGCGUCCCCAGCACCAGACUUCAUCAGAUAAAACAGGAGGAGGGUGUCGGUGUGAUGAACAGAGAAACUGCUCAUGAGCGGGAAGUUCAAGCUGCUAUGCAAAUGAGCCAGUCUUGGGAAGAAAGCCUCAGUCUGAGUGACAAUGAUCUGGAGAAGUCUGCAUCUUCGUCUCCAAAGCGGAUCGACUUUGUGCCUGUGUCGCCUGCCCCGUCCCCCACGAGAGGAAUCGGAAAAAAGCAGUGCUUCUCUCCUUCACUACAAAUUCUUGUGAGCAGCAAUGGUCUGACGCCCAGCCCAAUCCCCAGCCCAACACGGCGCUUCAGCCGACGGAGUCAAAGCCCAAUCAACUGCAUCAGAGCCAGCAUACUUGGCCCAAUAAAACGCAAAGGUGAGAUGGAGACGGAGAGCCAACCCAAGAGGCUCUUCCAGGGCACCACCACCAUGCUGUCCUCGGAUGCCUCCAACCUGUCAGAUCUCAGUUCCUGUCACUCUCCGGAUCUACUGGACGGCAGCCUCAGCAGCGUCGGCUCCUCCACCGACUCUCCGGGCAAAAUGGAGGGAGUGUCGCCCUCCUCGUCCAGCAACUCGCCCUUUGCUUCCCUCCAGGAUUUGUCCCCAAAAUGAGCGCGGGGGACGGCUAGAGACACUAAAACAUUUUUACAGAGGGAUGAACAAAGCCUCUCUCUCUUGGGAACCUUCUUCGACCCUUUCCUUCACCAAAACGUAGUUCUAAGUGGAGUUUGCUUCUGAACGGCUAUUUUCAUGGCAACGGAGGGUCUACAUAGUUUUGAAAUACGGAAACGAAAGCCAUGGACGAGUUUGUGUGUAAAGAAGUAAGCCUAGUCAAACUGGGAAUGACUGAAGACACUGUGAGCACCAGCUGCUAUACGAGGAUCUUGGAUGGUGCUUGGCUUCGUAGUGAUAUUUUGUUUAUAAGUGGCUAUCCUGCAAAUCUGUCCUACCAGUUCCCCCUCAGCAGAGAGGGACAUCGAGCACUGGACACAUUUAAAAAAACAAACAAAAAAAAAAGAAUAAUGGAUGUGUACAUUUCCCUGUUUUUGUGCUGGAAAACUUCUGUCCACAGGCCUUUGUAUGUACACAGUCUGCAGAUUUUGUAAGAAAAGAUUUAACUUAUUGUUUUUCCUGCUUUGUUUGUAAUUAUGUACAUAUUAACCUUGUCAGAUGUCAUACAUAGUUUUAAGUUUUGGCUGUGAGGUGAAUGUAGGCACAGGUCUUCAACAGCUUUCUUUGUAAAGGAACAUAAAUUACUUCUGGGGUACAACUAUGGAGAUUUCCUGUUAUACUGUAAGAGAAGUUAUGUUUUGAGCAGAUAUUCUGAAUAUUUUUAUGAUAUAGGCUGUGAACUGUGGUGUUUUUUUUUUCCUCUCUCCAGUUUGGCUGUUUGACUUGCUGCAGUUUUAAUUGCUCGGACGAUUCACGCAGCGAGCAGUAAAUCUUAAAACGAAAUGAGAUGGUCAUUCCUGGUAGUCUUUCAACACUAAAGGUUCCUCUGUAAUCCUGUGUUCUCGUCAGGAUGAUUUUUGUAGAUAUGAAAAAGUAUAGAAAAAAAAAGAUUACCUUUUUUUUUUUCUUCUUCUUCUGGCAAAGUUUUCUUAUUUAUGGAGAAAAAGUUUAUUAUAAAAUUGGAUGGUGAUAGGUUUCUAUCCCCAGUAAACCUUUUGUGUUGUCAUUCACACCAAAUCAACUGACUGCUGGAACGUUCAGCAACAAAAACUAAAAGGCACCAUCGCAUUGUGAGUAAAGAGACUGCUGUUUCUGCUGUGGUUUAUUAAAAUCCUUUUUGCUCAGGAUGCCUAGUCCUGUAGUGUUUCAGCCUGUGUAAGUCUUAAGUAAGUAAAACUUGACUUUCUCUUAAAAACAAACACCCCCCAAAGAGUACAAUAUGUUGAGGUUACGCCUGCACUGUGAUAUUUGCACCAAAAUUUGCUUCCUGUUGUCAUGACCCCAGUGUCCAUCUUCCACCCUGUGUAACUUCUGAACCCCUUUACGGCUCCGUAAACAGUGUAUUUGUUCAAGAAGGAAGCGAUUGUAAAUCAUGUUAUGGAAGUGUGUCCUCUAAUUUAAAGAAAGGUGUGGUUGCAGUUAAUUUACUGAAUGUCUUUUUUUCCUUUUUAUACGAAGAAAAUGGGGGAAAAAGCAGUCGACUUGCCCUGCUGUCAAGAUUUUAUUAUUUUUUUCCCCAAAAAAUUCUUAUAUUUUUUUUUCCCUCAGUCAUCAUCUGAAGUGUUCAGGGUAAGAAUUUAGCAAAUGAUAUAAUGCUAUAACUGUGUCUGUAAUGGAAAGGCUGCAAUCUGCCAAGCUGGCCAACACCUCGUCCAUGCUUGUGUCUUCAGUGGUUGCCAUCGUAGCGGACAUCAGGAUUAAAUAAAUUAUUUCAUUAUUACGUC